UAUGAGAAUUCCAGAAUAAAAACUGAGGCAUUGCAAGUGUAUCUUAAUAAACUGACAAAUAAUUGAACAGUUAAUAUAUUGCAUGAGUGUUGCUUGUGUACUUUUGUUUUCUUUCACACUUUAUCCUUCCACUCAAAGAUCAGUUUUUAUGUGGACAUUCUGUUAGGAUGGGAUUUGUGUUUAUUAAAAAGCAUCAAAUCUUUGAAAUCUAAAUUUAAGCUGCUUUAGGGCGAGUUUGUCGGACCUAUGCGAUGCUUUCACGCAUGGGAAAAUGCCGAGUCAGAUUUAUUCCUGUUCUUGUGUUGUGUGCAGCAAGUAUAUGACAUUACACAAUUGGCGCCAGCUGUAAUCUGGGAGGGAAACGAUGCAUGCUUAGCAAUGAGAGAUAAAGGUCCCAAGAAAAAUGACAGGAGAGAAAUCAGAGAAGCAGCCAAGAAGCCCAUAGUAACUUUGGGGGAGCUGCGAAGGCCCACAGCUCAGCUGGGAGAGUCGAGAAAACUACUAGUUGUGCAAUACAAAACUGGGGAAUUUAUGGAAGAGCAGCAGGAUUUUUUUUUUAAUGGCCAUGUAGGAGGCUGUUCAGAUGGAACCAAAAAUGAAUAUUUUGGCCUACACGCAAGACAUAAUUUGUAAAAGAAAACACGGCAUCCCCACAGGAAACACUGUGGUGACCACAACAUGUAGUAGGGGAUGUUUCCCUCAGAAGCCACGGUGAUGCUGGUUUUAAAUGUGCAAAACUGGAAGAAACGCACCAAAGAAGAGCUGCAAGGGAAAGUACAAGGGAAGGCUGAUGACCCAGAGAAAUCAAUAUAUGUUCAUGUCAUGUUUUUGGAUUAUUUAGUUUUGUCUUAUUUUUAAAAAAAUCAAAUAAAUAAACAGUUGUAGUGUCUUUACAUUUCCACAAUUACACAGUACCUUGUGUUUUGCAAUCACAUAAAGUUUCAUUAAAAAUGUUGAGGUUUUUGUGUUUAUUACCAGCCAUAUUGUUUCAGAAGAAAUCAACUUUUUAAAGGUUGUUGCAUACGGGAUUAAAACUGAAAUUUUUUUAAACUACCAGCUGUCCUCAGAAAUCUUUCCGAUUAGACUAAUUAAAUAAAUUUGUGUUUAGAACUUGUUCAUAUUCUACAAUAAUUAAAAGUUAACUUUUUCUAACAUCCCUAUGUGGGAUGGAAGUGUUUUUAAAUAAACUCUAUAGAAACUCAUAAAAGUCCUUUUAUUGAACAGAGUUGAAAAUGUAUAUCUUAGCUUCUGACCACAGCGAUGAAUAAGAUCUAGAUUGUGUCAUUUGAGUCCCCUUACGUCAAAACGUCAGAUGUAUUUAAAUUCAUUAUGCUAAUUUUGAGUCCAAAAUGUUUCCUUUUUUCUUUUUUACUCUGUGGGCUUACUAAUAUCCAGAACCCUUUGGAAUAUAACUUACCUCACAGGGGAAGACUGGAUGUCCAUUAAACAGCAGAGUAGAAAUUAUUAGAAAACUAUGAAGAUGUUGUGUUUGAAAAGAUUUCCCAGUUGUAUUUUAGGGCUGAAAAUAACUUUGGGAUUUCCUUGAUUCCUUUGAGGGUGUGGGUGUUUGCGAUGAAUGGUUUUCCCAGGGCCAGAUUUACAAGGUUGUGGGCCUGUGGGCUGGAAACUGUUUUGGUGCCCUAUUUAUUGAAUAAUAGUGCCAACGCUAAUAGAAAUCACAGUACAUUACAUACAUAACCAGGUAUAAACCGAUGAUACCAACUGAUGAUGGUAUGUCCUUUGCCCAGUAGCUCAGUUUUGUUCCACAAAAUAAAAACAUAAAAAUCACUAUAAUGUUAUAAUUUUGAAAUAUUUCAGUAUUGUUUAUAUUCAUAAAAAUCCCAAAAUAUGCUUACAACUCACCUGAUACAGCCUAUGACUCUUAUAUGAAGUAUAAAGUUUGUAAAACACAAAUUCAGAAUUUAUUUUUUUUUAUUAUUAUUUAGCUCUGUAAGUCUUUCAUAAAGUCUGACCCAGGGUUUUCCAAUGAUUAGAUUAACAACAAUUCUUAUUAUUUUUAAUAAUUAUAAUAACGUAUCAAUCAAAUGUAUUUAUUUUUGUUUAGUGUUUCCUCUUAAUGGGUCAAGCAACAAUUACAAAAAAAAAAAAACAGCAAUAGUAAAAAUGUAUAGUUUCUGGGUUUCCACCGCGUACUCACUUUGAGGACAAUCCUCAUUAAAAUAUCUCAUUAUGAAUAGUCACAAUUAUGCAAACUUGUCGUAUGGAGGCAGUCCAGUUGGAAAAUCCCUCGCCUCUGCAGGAUAUAAAAUGAGGGCCAGUCUACAGGACGGGGCAUCUCAUUCAGGGUCCGACAGCAACGAGGAAACCCACUCAGAGCUUCCCAGCAGCGCGUCAUGUACUCCAAAUUCAGUAAGUCAUUUGCAGCCGGAACUGCUGCGAGCAGCUUCCUGUAUGUGGGCCUCUUCUCUUCCUCUUUUCAUUCAUUCAUUCAUUCAUGGUUUAACUCUCUGGCCCUCAGAUCUACGACUGCUCGCCGCCCUGAUGCUGGCAGCAGCCCUGCCUCUCUGCGUCCCUGGAGCUCCUCUGGAAGGAGCCGUCACCGACCUCCCUCCAGAAGAGAGCUCAGGCGAGGGAGAGAAGGAGGUCCAGAUGAAGCCGCGCCCGAUUGAUCCUUUUAAUAUCACGGAGACUUUGGCGCAGAUCCUUAAAGUCACCAAAGGCCAUAGAGAAGAGGUGAGAUCUCUCUUUCUUAAGUUAUUUGAAUUUAUUUAUGGACAUCUGACGGCGCCUUCUGUGACUUUCCAGGAGGCUCGCCUCCAGCAGCUGGCUCAGGAUCUGACGACGUACUCGGUUCUCCUGAAACACGUCGACAAGGAGUACCCCGGCAAGUUCAUCGUGACUGAACUGAAAGCAACCCUUCCUCGGCUGAUCACAAAGGUCAAGCGAACGAUGAGAAAUGCUGACCGUGUUGUGGCUCUGACCGGCAGCCAGGAGCUGCAGCUGCUUAAGGAGCUCGAAAGCCUCGAUUCGUACCACAGGAAGAUGAUGGCGCACAGCAUCCUUAGCUCAAUCCAUGAUUUCCUAGUUGAGUGGAAAAGGGAGCUGACUAAAAGGCAGAUGCGAAAAACACAGAUUAGUAAUCUCAACGAGACGGAGGCAGACUAGCGUCUUUUAGGAAGGAACAGCUCAGGUACACUCCUGUUUUUCUCAGGAGUGUGAGUAAUCUACUGGAUCAAAUAAUGCAGCCCUCAGGGGCUAUAUAGUCAAACAUUUAUUCAGAGAAUAUUUAACAUAUUUAUAUUAAAUUAAACACUGUAUUUAUUGGAGAAGCCAUAAUUAUUGAAUACAUUUUGUAUUUUAUUGUGACUUCUUGUUAAAUUCCUUUAUUUUUAGUUGACAGCAAUUUAUUUUUUUUUUACAUUUAUGUAUUUAUGCGAACAGAAUUUCUGUGCAAGAAUUACUAUUUGAAUUCAUGUUGGAAUUUUUUUUUUUUACAUGCAGAAAUAAAGAAUGUUAUUAUUAAUACAUAAGAAUCAUGUUUCUUCAUAUUAACCUCCCCCCAAGAAUAUUUUGUUUAUUUCACAUAUUGUAUAAGACUGUCCAAAAUUUGCCAAUCAUGCUUGCUCAGCAGAAGCAGAGCAAUAUGAAAAAGGAGAAAAUUAUACAUAUAGACACAAAUAUAUACAUACACCCACACACACAUUUGGAUGAGGUUGCAGAUAGAUCACAAACUUUUUGCAGCCAUUAGCAAGCUUUCUGGAUAAUUCUGGGUUGAUAUUUUAUCAAGACUUCUAGUCUGUUAAUUUCAGCC